AUGGCUCAUCUUGUCGUGAUUCUAGCCAUAGCUGGGCAGCUGGUCAGUGCCGACCCAAUACAGCAGCUGGCCCUGUCGGCAGCGACCUCUGGCUUCUCCCAGAGACUGUACCAGAAGGUGGCCCUGGGCAGAGAUAAUGUCGUCCUCUCUCCUUACAGCAUCCAUUCGGCACUGACUAUGACGUCAAUCGGCGCCCGAGGUAACACAGCAACAGAAAUGGCGGAGACACUUGGAGUUGGCUCACUUGGUUCUACCGUUCACACCGCCUACAGAGAGCUCAUUACAGAGCUAAACUCGUAUACGGAUGUUGAGAUCAACACAUGCAGCGCCAUUUUUCUCAAUCCCAAGUACGAGAUCGAGACCCAGUUUGUUGAAGACGUAAGGAACAACUACUUCGCCGAGGUGGAUAACUUUAACUUAUCUGUCCUUGGUGGCAACGAGAAGAAGAUCAACGACUUCAUUUCUGAGGCAACGAAGAACAACAUUCAACACGCCCUUAAGGAAGAUUUCAUCAAACCUAACACGGUUAUGCUUUUGGUGAGCACAAUUAUCUUCAACGCGACUUGGAAGUUUCCGUUCUACAAAGAAAUGACACUUUCUGGAGAAUUUUACAAGCCCGGUGGCCUUGUCAGCGAGGUCCAAAUGAUGAACGGCCUUUUCAAGGUCAGUUACAAGCAUGACAACAUUAACAAAGUCGGAGUGGUUGAGCUACCGUUUAGGGGUGAAAGAUUCAGUCUGUUCAUUGCCUUACCGGAAGAGAUUGAUGGCAUCAGUAAUUUGGAACAACUGCUCGCCACACAUGGUAUGGUGGAUGAACUUCUCACAGGUCUGAUAGAGCGAUCGAUUUCUUCGAUCAGUAUUCCUAAAUUUACAAUCGAGACUGAGCUGGAACUGAGUGAGAGUUUGAAAAGUCUGGGUAUGGAGGCAGCUUUUGAAUCAGCGGACUUUACCGGAAUGGUGAAAGAUGGUCAAGCGGAUGUUGCUGUCGACAAGGUGAUCCACAUAACGAAGAUUGAUGUCAUGGAAACGGGGACAGUGGCUGCGGCAGCGACGGCAGGUUACGUCGUGGACCGUGGUCACAUGGGCCACUUUAAUGCCAACCACCCUUUCCUCUUCUUCAUCAGAGACAGUCUUUCGGGGCUGAUUUUCUUUCAAGGAAAAUUCUCCGGUUGAUUG